AUGUCCAUUCAUGUUGUUGUGAAUGGGAUGAUUUUGACUUUUUUAUGGCUCAGUAAUGCACUUUCACUAAAAGGAAAAAGGCUGGAUUUUUACGGAAGAACUGACACAUAUGUGAGGCUGACCAACGCCAUUCCUGAACUCAGUCGAUUCACAGCAUGCAUUGACCUGGUAUUUAGGGACGGCAAAUCGCGUGAUUGGACGGCCUUCUCCUAUGUUAUCAAUAACGCCUUCCUGGGCAGAGAAGACAUAGACUUCGGACUUGCAGGAGACCAUCAGCAGCUAAUACUACACAACUUGGGCAAGACCUUUUAUAUCCAUUACCACCUGACUCCAUUUCAAUGGCAUACAAUUUGCUUGAUACGGGAUGGUGUGAAGGGCUCAUUAGAACUUCUUCUGAAUAAAGAAAGGAUACUGAUAAUGCUGGAUCACCCACAAAAUCUGACACCCAAUGGGACUCUGGUUCUAGGAUAUUUUCUCAAGAAUGGGAACACCCAGAUUAAAAGCAGGAUGCCUGGCUUCACUGGCAGCUUGUAUUACUUUCAACUCUGGGACCGCAUCCUGGAAAAUGAGGAGUUUAUGAAGUGUUUGGGUGGAAACGUAGUUAGUUGGGAAGAAGAUGUUUGGCUUGUCAACAAGAUCCUGCCAACUGUUGACAGGAGACUGCGCUGCUUUGUUUCUGAAAAUACGACAAUUCAAGAAACAAGUACAACUCUUUCACAACAAAUAGAUUUGACAACUCCACCCCAAGUUACUGGACUCAAACCGCAAAAGACUGUAUAUUCUUCUUCAGCGAUGACCCAAAGCAUGCCUGUAUUUGCAACUGAUCAUACAACCCUAUCAUAUUCCAAUACAACACCUCCGCUUCUAGAAACAAUGACUGCGCCAAAUUUUUUAAAGACAUCCAUAGCAGAGACAGCUACAUUGGCAGCAGAUGCUUUGUCUACUUCAGCAGCCAUUGCUCUGCCGACCAAGAGUACCUCCAGAGGCACUACUACCAAUUCCAUGGAAAUAACUAAAUCCCCAUCUUCAGAGAGCACAAGGACAUCAAAAAUGGCUGAAGCCAUCGUUCCUGAGGCUUUUCAUCGAACUACAGCUACUCAUUUCCUAUACACAUCUGGAUUUACCAAGAAUUCAACUGUAUCCAAAACUUUAGCGACUGAAUCUCAGUCGGCCAUUAUGAAGACAAUAUCUUUAUUCUCAUCUAUCGAGUCGACAUCUAUGCCUACAUCAUCUUGGCCCAAACUCAAAUCCACAGAUAUUGGGGAUCUCCCUAUCUCCACAGGUAGCCAGGAAUUUCUUGUAUCUGCAACUGCUGGAACUGUACCUUGGGCCACGAUGGAACAGACUUCAGCUACAACUACUCACAUUGGGACUACAUCAGCAUUCCCAACUGAGUCUGUUCUCAUCUCCACAGCUGCUCCAGUGGAGUCUGUAUUUCCUAGAAAUCAGACGGCAUCUACAUUGGCAACAACUGAUAUGGAAAUAGCAUUUACAGCUCAUUCAAUGACGCUCCCAACUGAGCCUAUUGAGACGACGCCUGUGCUAAGAACAGCUGAAAUAGAAUUGAAGUCUACAAAUUUCCAGGAUGUCUCUUCACCCAGAGUGAAGGAUACAAUAUCUACCUUCAUGACAAAAGAGGCCUCUUCUAUGGCCCUUUCUUUCAGGACAUCCUCUCCAUUCAGCGGAGCUCAGAGUGUACAGACAGUUAUCGAUGCUGAGACUACACAUACAGCCUUGACUCCUGGAAUCACACUUGCACCUACAGUGACUGAAACUGUGCUUUCCCCUACAAUCACUGGGCCAGUACUUACUCAGAAUACAUCCACAGGUGGUGGAAACAUGCUUCCUUUGAUUUCCACUAGAUCAACUUCCACUUCCAAGGUAUCUGAGUCUGGUCCCACAUCAAUAACAGAUGAAGGUGCCCAUCUGUGCUCCACCAAUGAGACCACUUGGACUUCCAGGCCAGAUGAGACCCUGUUGACAUCAGUAUUCCAUGGGAGUACUUCUAAUACAGAAAAUUCAUUCACAACUGCUAAUAUUAUCAUCCCACCAGAAGCAUCCGCAGAGAGUGAGGAUGCCACUACCACUGAUGCUAUCAUUACUGCUGAUGCUACUAUAGACAGAUACACAAUGGCUCUAUCCAAAUUGACAUCUCCGUGGUUUGCUAAUUUCUCCACAGUUUCUGGAACCACAUUUGUAACCAAACUGCCUGAGUUUAAACUUACCACCUUACUACUAAAAAUCCCCACUAUGUCCACAGUAGCUGGAAAUGAACUUCUUUCAGCACCAAGGGAGACGGUUGCUCCACCAGUAGAUACACUAUCUACCCUUGCUGACACUGAACCAAAUUUUUCUACUGAGGAGAGUGCUUCUGAGACCAUACAAACAGAGACAAAUGGUACAAUUGCAUUUGGAGUGACAACAGCCCCUGCACCAGAGUCUGCAACAACACAAAGAUUUGACGCUACUGUGACAAGGAAAGAAACAACUUCCCAUUAUCUUAAGGGAACCUCAGCAAUAACUGAGGUUUUUCCAUUUGCAACAAUGCUGGAAGCAACAGAUCCUUCUGCACAAAUGAUGACAGCCUCUAUCACUGUUUCCCCUUUUCCCGAUAUAGGAAAGUUGACUACCCCAUUGGAUAAUAAAGCUGCAGCUACUGAGGUGAGAGGAAGUUGGCUUUCUACAAAAUUGGUGAAAACCACACCUAAGAGUUCACGUAAUGGAACUACAGAAACUUUUAAUUCCGCUCACACAUACACAGCAAAUUGGAAUUCAGAGACUCCAUCUGAGGGGAAUCCAGCUCCAUCUCCCACUUCUGGGAGCACACAGACAUUCCCUGAACCCUUGGGUUCUUCCACCACAAGGAUAUUGGGGACCAGUUUUGCCACUAUCCCUACAGACAGGACAGUUAUGUCCUUGUUGGCUGGUACCUUGCCUCCACAGCCUACAGCUACCCGUUCCCCAGCAGCCACGUUGCCUAUUACCCAUAUCUUCUCACUACCAGUUAAUGUCUCUGCUGUCACCUCUAUGGUGGUGCCUGAGGAGACUAAGGUUACCAUGCCUGAACCUUCUACACUGGUGGAGGCUUCCUCCACGUCUAUGUUUUCAGAUGUCUCAACUAUGUCAUCAGCUACAGUGACUGCAGCAUCUGUGCCACCGUUGGAUCAGACUGCUUCCACAACCAGCGAUACCGUGCUUACCCACAGAGACUCGAUUCAUACCACUUCAGAGGCCACAGUAGUCUCUGUCAGGAGGACAUCCAUGGCAGUUCCCUCUCUGACAGAAACUCCAGUCCCCUCGCUGAAACCUUUCACUCCUGUGGCAACUAAGGCUGAGACCACCCUUCUCUCCACCUCAGCUGACACAGUAACCCCAUCCACACCCACUCUUACCUGCUCCAAAUCUCUCCCUGACAACAUUCCUGUUGCAUCCUCCACUCAUGUGAUCUCAACUAUGUCUACACCAGUAGCAACCCGACCCAUAUCUCAAGUGAAGAAGACUUCUGCCCACGCUCUCGGCUUUCCGUAUACUUUCAGUGGUAGUGGAGACAUUAGUUUGGCUACUGGCCCCACAGAAACUUCUGUUGUUGAUGAGACCAUGCCCUCACACACCUCUGCCAAUAAGCUUACUACUUCAGCAGAUGGUCACAUUGCUCAAUCUUCCACACGUCUUGUAAACACACAGGUCCCCACCCUAUUAGUGACUGACAUUUCUACCUUAUCUCCUGACAAAGAGCAGAUGACCACCUCCCUGGGAAACACCCCUAGAACUAUGGAGGUGACAGAAAUGUCCCCAUCAAAGAAUCCUUUGAUUUCAGACUCCCAGAGUACUCCAUCCUCCAAAAUGACAGAUAUAGGAUUUACUGAGACCACAAAAAUUCCCAGUCACCAAACACAUUCACCUUCAGAGAUUCCACUUGCGACUCCACCUGACAGGAUUUUGGCUUCAUCUCCCACUUCUGGGAGUAUGCAGGCUACACGCAUCUUGACCUCAGGUACCACAAUAGACAUACACAUUUCAGACAUGUCUACCAGUCUUGGGAAAACAGAUCUCCUUUCACAAGCUCUGCCAACUACCACAUUUUUGUCUCCUGGAGAGGAAGGCAUGAGUGCCCUUUCGGUAUACACUCCCAGGACUGAGAAAAUGAUAGUAAGGUCCACCUCCGUGACCCACCUUUUCUCAUACCACCAGGAUACUUCAUUUGUAGAUAUCAUAACUUCCAGGACAACCAGAAUAUCAAAUCCUAUUAACAUCAACACAACUCUUUCACACUUGCUUUCACCUAGGACUCAACCUGAGGUGACUUUAAUUGGCUCUACCAUUUCUGAAAGCACACAGACCCCUCCUGAGUCCCCGUCUCUUUCCACAACUGGACUAUCUAGUGCCAAUUUUACAGUUACCUCUACUGACGAGGUCACGACAGCGCUUUCUGCUCCAAAUGUACCUACGGCACUUCUUAGGAAAACCUCUACAGAAACAUCUAUUCCUAUCUACCGAAUGUCCUCACUGCCUGUUAGUAUAACUGCCUUGACCUCCAAAAGAGUUUCUGACACUCCCACGAUACUAAUGACUAAUUCUUCUAUAGCCACUUCUAGAUCCACUUCCGAGCCUGUGUCCGAGAUAUCUUCACUGUCAGUUAAUGACUCUGCCUUCUCACUCUCAGCGGUUUCUUCUGACCCUUCCAUAAAAGUUGGAUCAUUCUCUACUUUAUUGUCUUCAAUUACCCCCAAGACUAUUAUGACCAUACAGCCAUCUACAUUGGAUGCCACACCUGUGACAUAUGCUGGGUCUGCUUCAAAAAGCACAAUGGUUUCCUCUGCUUUCACUACUUCAGAAAUGACAGAGGUGUCCUCCAGGAUCACACCUGCAUCCCUUUCCUCUCCAACAGAGCCAACUUUUCCGUCUGUGAAAACCGUUCCAACCACUAUUAUGGCUGGGAUAGUGACUCCAUUUGUAGGCACCACUUCCUCCUCUCUACUCAGUUCUAAGAACACUGAAGCUGUUUUUUCCAUUCCAAAGACCACAUUUUCACCAUUGCUAUCAACACCCCAACAAUCAUCACAAGGAGAUGAGGCUACAACUCUGGGCAUACUAUCCGGGAUCACUAACGGCUCCCUGUCUCCUGUAAGCAGUGGUAGAGUAACAGCUCUCACAAAUACUUAUUCCAGAACUGCUGCCCCUGAAAGUGUGUUUUUAUCCACUCCUUCAGAUAAUCUCCAUACUUCUUUGAAUAUUCAGGUUUCCCCAUCUUUGACUAGCUUUAAGAGCACUCCUGGACCCACAAAAAUUGUAAAAGGUACCAAUUACCUUUCUUUGAAUACAGAAAAGAUGACUUCUUUGUCAGAAAAUACUUCAACAAAUGAACCAGCAAAAGGUGCCACAUCUGUGAAUACCCCUGUCUCAUACCCUCCAGGGACUCCAUCCAGUGCAACUCCACUCUAUUUGACAUCAUUUCUUUUUUCAGCUCAUAGUAGUGAAGCCAAGGUCUCUACUCUAAAGACUUCUCUUCCUCUUACAUCCCAAAUGGUUGAAUUUCCAGUUCUGGAAACAAGAACCACAACUAGUGACACCCAGUCUCCACUUAUGACUUCCUGGAACACACCCACAGCUGAAGAUUCCCAAUUUCCAAUUUCUACCACUACUCAUGUACCUACACCCAACAUGAUGGAAACAGAGACGCCAUACCUUGGUCCUGGGUCUUUAUCAACAUUCACAGCCUCUCAGACCGGUCUUGUAUCUAGAGAUGUUAUGGCAACAUCAUCAAUUUCCACAUCAGGAAUUCUUUCUACCUUGGGGAUGUCUGAGAGUCCUUCGUUAUCAAUAUCUUCAAGAUCUAUUCCUACCACUUUGGCUGACAUUAAGCACGCAUUUGAGAAGACAACCACAUCUGUAACUCCUGGAACCACAUUUCCAUUGAAUUCUUCUGGUGCUGCUGCAGGAUCUAUAAUUUCAAAGGCUACUACUUCACCCAUGCUGAACUGGAUCUUAUCUAGUCCCCCUUUAGGUUCCCUUCUGGCAACUGUAUCCAAUACUCCUCACUUUAUAACUUCCUCUACAGUACAGGGGUCAAAAUCCACAUUUCUGACUUCUGACAUAACCCCAACACAUCCAUUCACUAACUUUACAACACUACCCUUUGCUACUGUAAGCACCAUACUCACCAAAACCACUCCAAAACCUACAGUGGGCAGUGUCACUACUGGCUUGCCAACUUCUCUCCCCGUAUCUGUAAAAAUCACAGAUGACAGUGUGUACAUUUCCAAAUCCCCUGAGGCAUCUUAUAGAACCACUAUGCCUGCCAACUUCAGGAGUGUGUCUCAACCUCCAUCCUUUAGCAGAAUGAGUAGGUCACCUCCUACAACUCACCACACCCUAUCUAUUGGCUCCAUGCUUCUGUCUAGCCCUACAAUAACAUCUGCACAGACCAGAAUCCCAGCGGCAUCAGCAUCCCCUACUUUAAUUCUUCCCAAGCCCACAGUGGACUCCCUACCAAAUAUAACCAUCAAUUCAUCUACUGCUACUGGAGCCUCAUUUCCACUCAUACCCACUGGAGUAACACAUCCUUUUACAGCAACUGUGUCUUCACUACUUUCUUCCUCUUUUGGGACAAGUUGGCUGGACUCCACAUCUUCCUUUCUAUUUAUGGAAACAUCAACUUCGCUUAUUGCCACUGUAUCCAUAGUUACUUUCUACAACAUUGAAAUGAGCUUCUCUGUCUUUGAUGAUGAGCCAAGGCUCGCUGCUAACAGUGUUGUGAAUGAAUUUGCAGAAAAUUGGUUGAAUUCUAUCUUUCAGGACAGUGAAUUUGCUCUUGCUAAUCUGGCUAUUCAAAUUAAAAGCAGAGACACUUCUGAGCAAGUGGGAGAAGAAAUAAUCGUGGACCAAACUUCUUGACUAUGUACUUUUCUUUUGCAUUAUUUGGAACAGAGAGAAGGGCAAGGAAUGGCUACAAUUUCCCAUGUACCAUACAGCUGUGUUUGUCAGGUCAUCAUAAAGGCCAAUUCUUCUUUAGCACCUGUCGAAUUGAUUAGAAGGAUCAAAAGUAGAAUACAUGGCAACUUCACGCAUGGAAACUUCACACAAGAUCAAUUGACGUUAUUAGUAAAGUCUGAACACGUUGUAGUGAAGAAACUAGAGCCAGGAAAGUGCGAAGCCGAUGAAACAGCCUCUAAAUACAAAGGGACAUAUGAGUGGCUCUUAACCAAUCCUACGGAGACAGCCCAAACUAGAUGCAUAAAAAAUGAGGAUGGAAACGCUAUUCGAAUCUGCUCAGUCAGUAUCGACACUGGCAAAUCUCAGUGGGAAAAACCAAAGCUUAAACAAUGCAAGUUGCUUCAAGGACUUCCUAAUAAUAUUGUGGAUCUUGCUAAUAUUACUAUAAGUGACGAGAAUGCAGAUGAAGUUGCAGAACACAUUUUAAAUUUGAUAAAUGAAUGCCCCACUCUGGAUGAAGAAGAAACAAAGAUUAUUGUUUCUAAAGUGUCUGAUAUUUCACAAUGUGAUGAGAUAAGUAUGAAUCUAACCCAGAUUAUAUUACAAAUAAUCAAUGCUGCUUUGGGAAAGCAAAACAAUUCCACAUCUCAUCUGCAUGAAGUAAGCAAUGAAAUUCUGAAGAUAAUCGAGCGUACUGGGCACAAGAUGGAGUUUUUCGGGAGUUCAGCAAAUUUGACGGUGGACAGGCUGGCUUUGGCUGUCCUGCGGGUGGAGCACACGUUUGAAGGCACGGCCUUCAGUAUCCGCUCCUACGAAGAAGGCAUAGGCCCUGAGAUUUACCUAGGCGAAGUCCCUCUGGGGAGGGUUUUGGCUUCCAUAUAUUUGCCUAAAUCACUGAGGGAGAAAAUUUCUCUUAGCAACUUACAGACCAUCUUGUUUAAUUUCUUUGGCCAGACUUCACUCUUUAAGAUUAAAAACGUCACUAAAUCAUUAACCACAUAUGUUGUGAGUGCCAGCCUUUCAGAUACAUCCAUUCAAAACUUGCCUGACCCAGUGGUUAUUACUCUGCAGCACAUUGAAGGCAACCAGAAUUACGAUCAAGUUCACUGUGCCUUUUGGGACUUUGGGAGUAACAAUGGGCGAGGUGGAUGGAAUUCAUCAGGCUGUAAAGUAAAGGAAACAAACGUAAAUCACACAAUCUGCCAGUGUGACCACCUCACCCAUUUUGGAGUGUUAAUGGAUUUAUCCAGGUCUGCAGUGGAUGCAGUGAAUGAACGGAUAUUAGUGCUUAUAACAUACAUUGGAUGUGGAAUCUCCUCCAUUUUCCUGGGAGUUGCGGUGGUGACGUACAUAGCCUUUCACAAACUUCGCAAAGAUUAUCCUUCCAAAAUCCUGAUCAACCUGUGCACAGCACUACUGAUGCUAAACCUGGUAUUUCUGGUCAAUUCCUGGUCGUCAUCAUUUCAGAAGGAGGGACUUUGCAUCACAGCCGCAGUCGUGCUUCAUUACUUCCUGCUGGUUUCUUUGACUUGGAUGGGCCUGGAGGCGCUCCACAUGUAUUUUGCUCUAGUCCAAGUCUUCAAUGUAUACAUUCCCAAUUAUAUCCUUAAAUUUUGUCUAGUUGGUUGGGGAAUCCCAGCAAUCAUGGUGGCAGUUAUAGUCAGUGUGAAAAGAGAUCUGUAUGGAACUCUGAGCUCAAAGACUCCAUUUUGUUGGAUUAAAGACGAUUCUAUCUUUUACAUCUCAGUUGUGGCUUAUUUUUGCUUCAUCUUUCUCAUGAAUCUCUCCAUGUUCUGCAUUGUUUUUGCCAAACUGAAUUCCAUGAAAGCCCAUAGCCAGAAGACUCGGCAGAAGAUGAUCCUGCAUGAUCUCAAAGGCACAACAAGCCUGACAUUCUUACUUGGCCUCACCUGGGGGUUUGCCUUUUUUGCCUGGGGACCUGUGAGGAUCUUUUUCUUGUAUCUUUUUGCCAUUUUUAACACUUUGCAAGGAUUCCUCAUUUUUGUAUUCCACUGUGCAAUGAAGGAGAGUGUCCGGGAGCAGUGGCAGAUACACCUCUGUUGCAGGUGGUUUCGACUGAGUGACUCUUCUGAUGCCAGCAGGUAUGGGCUAAAUAUUGGGUAUAAAAAGGAAAGACUGAAGAAAACCUUCAAGCAAAAAUUGUUGACACCAUCCCUCAAGUCAACUGCAACUAGCUCCACUUUCAAGUCUUUAGGCUCCGCACAAGGCACUCCUUCACAAAUGAGCUUCCCAAAUGAUCAUUUUGAUGACGAUCCCUACUGUUUCUCUCCCUUGAGUUGUGAAAUUGUGCCUACUUGUGUGAGAAGAAUAUAA